AGGAAGUGAGUUUGCGAGGAGCAGCUGCUGCAGGGCCCAUGGCGGACACCCAGUACAUCCUGCCCAAUGACAUCGGCGUAUCCAGCCUGGACUGCCGCGAGGCCUUCCGCCUGUUGUCUCCCUCCGAGCGCCUCUAUGCCCAUCACCUAUCGAGGGCCGCCUGGUAUGGAGGCUUGGCCGUGCUGCUGCAGACUUCGCCUGAAUCCCCUUACAUCUACGCCCUACUCAGCCGCCUCUUCCGGGCCCAGGACCCCGACGAGCUCCGCCAGCAUGCCCUGGCCGAGGGCCUCACCGAGGACGAGUAUCAGGCAUUCCUGGUCUACACCGCCGGCGUCUACUCCAAUAUGGGAAACUACAAAUCCUUUGGUGACACCAAGUUUGUCCCCAACUUGCCCAAGGAGAAGCUGGAGCGGGUGAUCCUUGGGAGCAAGGCUGCCCAGCAGCACCCCGAGGAAGUCCGGGGCCUCUGGCAGACGUGCGGGGACCUCAUGUUCUCCCUGGAGCCUCAGCUUCGGCACCUUGGACUGGGGAAGGAGGGAAUCACCACCUACUUUUCAGGGAACUGCACUCUGGAAGAUGCCAAGAUGGCUCAAGACUUCCUAGAUUCACAGAACCUCAGUGCCUACAAUACCCGGCUCUUCAAGGAAGUGGGCCCAGAUGGAAAGCCCCGAUACCAGGUGCGGCUGGCAUCAGCGCUGAGCACAGAGUCUGCCCUGGACUCAGAGGUGACUCCCAAGCUGAAGACCUACGACUUCCAGGGGAGCUGUUUUCAGGUGACCCGGGGCGACUAUGCCCCCAUCCUCCAGAAGGUGGUGGACCAGCUGGAGAAAGCCAAGGCCUAUGCUGCCAACUGCCACCAAGAGCAGAUGCUUGCCCAGUAUAUGGAGAGCUUCAUGCAGGGCUCCAUCGAGGCUCAUAAAAGGGGCUCCCGCUUCUGGAUCCAGGACAAAGGCCCCAUUGUGGAAAGUUACAUCGGCUUUAUUGAGAGUUACCGAGACCCCUUUGGCUCCCGUGGAGAGUUUGAAGGCUUCGUGGCCAUGGUCAACAAGGCCAUGAGCGCCAAAUUCAAGUGUCUGGUGGCAAGUGCCGAGCAACUGCUGAAGGAGCUUCCCUGGCCUCCGGCCUUCGAGAAGGACAAAUUCCUCACGCCCGACUUCACCUCCCUGGAUGUGCUCACCUUCGCGGGUUCUGGCAUCCCGGCUGGCAUCAACAUCCCCAACUAUGAUGACCUCCGGCAGACUGAGGGCUUCAAGAAUGUGUCUCUGGGCAACGUGCUGGCCGUGGCCUACGCUACCAAGCGGGAGAAGCUGACCUUCCUGGAGGAGGAAGAUAAGGACUUGUACAUCCGCUGGAAGGGCCCCUCCUUCGAAGUGCAAGUGGGACUACAUGAGCUGCUGGGUCAUGGGAGUGGGAAGCUGUUUGUGCAGGAUGAGAAAGGAGCCUUUAACUUUGACCCGGAAACAGUCAUCAACCCAGAGACGGGGGAGCAGAUUCGGAGCUGGUACCGCAGCGGUGAAACCUGGGACAGCAAGUUCAGCACCAUUGCCUCCAGCUACGAGGAGUGCAGGGCAGAGAGCGUGGGGCUCUAUCUCUGCCUCAACCCCCAAGUGCUAGAAAUCUUCGGCUUCCAGGGUGCAGAUGCAGAGGACGUCAUUUAUGUCAACUGGCUCAACAUGGUUCGAGCGGGCUUACUUGCCUUGGAGUUCUACACCCCCGCGAACUCCAACUGGAGACAGGCCCAUAUGCAGGCCCGGUUUGUGAUCCUGAGAGUCUUGCUGGAGGCUGGCGAGGGGCUCGUUACCGUCACCCCCAUUACAGGCUCUGAUGGGCGCCCGGAUGCCCGGGUGCGCCUUGACCGAAAUAAGAUCCGGUCUGUGGGCAAACCCGCACUGGAACGUUUCCUUCGGAGGCUGCAGGUGCUGAAGUCCACAGGGGAUGUGGCCGGUGGCCGGGCCCUGUAUGAGGGGUACGCGGCGGUCACUGAUGCACCCCCCGAGUGCUUCCUCACCCUCAGGGACACAGUUCUCCUCCGAAAGGAGUCCCGGAAGCUCAUUGUGCAGCCCAACACCCGGCUAGAAGGCUCUGAAGUGCAGCUGCUCGAGUACGAAGCCUCGGCUGCCGGCCUCAUCCACUCCUUCUCCGAGCGCUUCCAGGAGGAUGGGCCCGAGGUGGAGGACAUGCUCACCCGUCUGGCUGCCGCUGAUGCCCACUUCUGGAAGUGCCCCUCAGCCCCCUUUGUGAAGGCAUGAGGAAGAGCCGUAUAGUCCCACCGACUCCAUCAGACAAGGCUGCCAAGGCCCCCUUUGUGGGUGUGUAUUUGGGGGCUCAAGGGCCAGGAGCUCAGACAAUGGUGCUACCUCAGCCAAGCAUGGAGACACUUAGCCCUUCCAUCUGUCAGCACUUUGCUCUUGCACAAUAUCCCUGUGUUAUCUGGGAUUUGAUCCAGGUGCCCUUUAAUAAGGAGAUGAGGGUGCAGAGAAGUGCUCUGUCCAGACUCAUAGGACUUAAUAUUUCUCUCCCUCCAGUGCUCCUCACAUAUUACUUUUAUAACCAGAAGAAUAAAUAUGACCCACAAUCA